CCGUUAGAAAUUAGAUGCAGUGUGAAAAACUUGCAUGUUGCCUUCGACCAAAUUUCCUUUAGUUUUUCGCAGUGAAAGUAAAAAACACGUGUAUUUCAUCGUUUUAAUUUUGGAAUAUUUUUCCGUUGAUUGGAACCACAUAAAUUUUUAGUGCAGUUAUUUGACGUGAUUAAAAGUUAUAAUCAAGUAUAUUCUUCGAGCGCGCAGGCCACACAAUAACUGUCAGUGAAAUCACUGAUUUAUUCAAAAUUUCAUUUAAAACGCCAUUUCCUUCAAGCAAAACAGUAAUUGCGUCGUUUUGUGGUGUUUUAGACAACGCCCGCAUUUCCCCAAAGUUGGCGCCAAACGUAAACCAAUCCAUUAAAAUUUGCCUUUUAAUUACUUCGUUCGCGGACACCUGUUCAGUUGAGAACAAAACCAGUGAACUUAAAUACAUGGAUUUCCCAAAAUAUCGGAAUUAGCCAGUAAAACGAGGAACACAUUCGUACUCAAAGGUUCACAAUUCUGAUAUCAAGGUUUCAGUGAAGCGACCAAAACGAUUAAGGAUUUGAAGCGACUUUUUAUUUUUGCGAAAUUCACGUCGCUUGGCGAACCGUCUUGUAGAAAAGAUCGACAAUCUAGUUAAGGAUCGAUCGACGUCAUCGCGGCCAGGGAAUUCAAAACAAUCCCAUAUGCGAGAGUAAGAUGUUUAAAAAUGAAUACUGCACACACGGCAUAUUUCCCUCUCGCGCCCUUGUAAGGCAAAAAUUUGUGUUUUAGCUAUGUGUUUGUUCGCAUUUUUGUUCUCGUUUGGACGCUAAUAGGUGGUCAAAACUCAGGAGAAUCAAGGACAAGAACAGUAACUCACAUUUGCAAGGGAAAUCAGUGUGAAGAAUUUACAGACAUCUUCAAAGAGGAACUAAACAAGCCUCGAGAAGUUUAGACACAGGACUGGAAAACUUUUGGACGUGAAUAAGUCAAGGAGAGUGCCUGAAUAUCGCAAUUGUUUUAAACAAUAUGAAAGGGAAGAAAUAAGAGUUUGAUUUGGUUGAAGCUUUCGUUUGUAACAUUCUCGAAUGGCCAUUCGACCUCAACCAUUAAGAGGUCAAAAAGAAAGUCUGGAAAGGUAUCUUGGAGUGGUUUUUACAACGACAGCAGUCUUUUCAGUGUCACGUAUUUAACAGACGUUUGGGAAAUUAAAAAGUUCGUAUUUCCUCAAGCCAAGGCCAAGGAUAUUAAUUAUUUUCAAGCCGUGUAAUUCAAAUAUAUUGAAACCAGUGUCGUGCUGUGAGUUUUGAAUAAUUUAAAGAGUUUGUUUUCAAUUUCGGUUUAAUCAGAGCAAAGACUUAGGAAAAGGCUUGUUCCUGGGGGAUUUGCGAAAAGCUGGACCUUUAUGACGAAUGUUUGAAAAAGCUACUGAAAGCUGUGUCCAACAAAACACUGAACUCUAUGGAUGAUCUGCAAACAGGAAAUUACGUGUAAACGCCUCCUAAAGAAAGUUGGAAAGUUAACAAAUUACAAUAAGUGUCUUAAACAGAGGAAAACCACGUUGUAAAAUAAGGGUGAAUUUUUCUGGUCGGUUUUUUACCUCAGCCCUAUGGCAAUGGCUGUCGCCACAGCAGUUACCCUUAGUUACCGCCGGUCGCGCACCACGUCACGUGACUGGUCAAUUUCAAACUCGGUACCAGUCGUGAUCGACAAAUUGGCGGAGCCAGUCGUCAUCAACAUCGGCGGGAAAAAAUACGAGACUUUCGAGCACACGUUGAACCAGUUUCCCAACACGCUGUUGGGAAAUCCCGAAAAGCGAAAGCGGUACUUUGACGACAAAAACAACGAGUAUUUCUUCGAUCGACAUCGGAGUUCGUUUACCGCCAUCUUGUAUUAUUAUCAAUCAGGCGGACUUCUUGAGAGGCCUCUACAUGUACCCAAUGAAAUUUUCCUCGAGGAGUUGAACUUCUUUCAGUUGACCGACGAAAUACAGAAAGAAAAUGAAGAGGCCGCCUACGAAGAAGAAGAGAACGGAGAUGGGGAGGUGGAAGAAGAGGAACUUCCCGAGAACAAGACCUUGCGAACAAUUUGGAUGUUGUUCGAAUACCCAAGCUCUUCACCUCAGGCCAAAGCCUUGGCGAUAUUCUCGCUUGUGAUUAUCAUGAUUUCUAUUGUGAUUUUCUGUGUGGAAACAAUGCCCGUGUUGGACGAUUCUGUUCCCGAAAAGAGGAACAGCAACGGGACAGUAACUCAGCCUGCAGAGCGCGGCAAAAACAAACGUAUUUUCUUCGUCAUGAACGCGAUUUGCAGCUCGUGGUUCACUUUCGAGUAUGUGAUCCGCUUGAUCGCCUCGCCUAAUAAGAUUGCUUUCCUCAAAGGGGUGCUAAACAUCCUAGAUCUGCUUUCCAUUCUCCCUUUUUACGUGACUCUCACGGUCCCUGAGGAGUCCGCGGGGAGCAUCGAUAUUCUUCGAGUCAUGAGGGUAAUUCGAGUGUGUCGGAUCUUCAAGCUCACUCGCCACUCCAAGGGCUUGCACGUUCUGGGGAAGACGUUGUACGCCAGCGUCAAUGAGCUGAUCAUGUUAAUGCUCUUCUUGGUUAUCGGAGUCGUGCUGUUUGCCAGCGCCGCGUAUUACGCCGAAGAGGAAUCAAAUCCCAAGUUUUCCAGCAUUCCUGCUGCCUUCUGGUGGGCAGUUGUCACCAUGACAACGGUGGGGUAUGGUGAUGUAGCGCCCGAGACCACACCAGGUAAAUUAGUCGGAGCGUUGUGUGCACUAUCGGGAGUGCUCGCCAUUGCUCUUCCGGUACCAGUCAUCGUCUCUAACUUUGAGUUCUACUAUAAAGAGGAACUAAGCAAAAGAGAAAAAGCGGAGACGAUAUCCUACCGAAAUCUCAAUAACCUUAUACUAAAGUCCCCGCUGCUAGAACCCAAACUUAUGGUUGCAACGGAUUCGCCGGUGCGCACCGCCAAACUAGACCUUCCUACUGGUCAGUAUUCAAGCCCUAUUGUGGCGCAUCGAAUAACUAACGGUGCUAUGAAGUUUGGACACGACCCUAUUAUUGAAACUGAAGAGCUCAGUCACUCGAGCGGCGGUAGCUCCAAACCUUCAACGCCUAAAGCCCGACGGAAACAGCAUCUUCCUCCAGCCCCUCCUACUUCGGAAACGAUCUUGUAAACCUGCCAAUGUGUUCUGACGCCUUUCGAUGGUGAAAAGCUCUUAUUGGAUAUGGCAUACUAAGGCUGGUUCGCCUGUAAUGAGGCAUUAAUAUGAGGCAUGCAUGAACUAGGAGAGAGGUCGUAGUGCCGGGUAGCUAGAGGGAAAGAACUCAGUGCAAUACGUUGCUCCUCUACUUGGUUGUUGUUGUUGUUUUUUUUUUAAAUGAAGAGGGUGACCAUUUUCGCUGACAUUAUUUUAAACAUUUGGCAUUAAGGGAGCAAGUUAGCGCAUAAUAUUGUCAGGAACUUCAGCGCUUGAUGAACUAAAUAUGCCAUUUCGCCCUUCUGCCAGUUUACUCUUUAAGGCGUAACGCUCGGCUAACCGGAUGAAAACCAGUUAGUGAAGUGCGUCUUCGCUGAUUUAAUGGCAAGUAGCAGCAUCUUUUGGAGAGUCUCAUUGCCAGCAGAAAGAUUGAGGAAUGAUCAGUUGUGUGAAAACAGAAUGCUUGUUAACUCUGUUCUUUUAGUCGGUGACAAAACGUACCGUGUCAUUGAUCGUCUAUCGCGAAAGAUUGAAUUGGUUGGUGUUGUUCAGAAUCUCCAAACCUUCGAAAAAGUAUCAGAACAAUUGCCGAUUGUUAUUAGACAAUCACGCUGUUACACGGAAACGUAAGAGAGCGCAGAAAUCUGUCAUGGCAACGUUGGAUCAUGGGGGUUACGUCAGCCAGUUUUGUAAGACAGAAGUCAAUUUUCUUGGAUAGUUCGUGAGCCUCGACAAAACGAUCAAACAUUUCUAGCCAACAUAUCUUGGAUCAAUCGUUUUUGACGCAAAACGUUGCAUUAAAAAGUUUGACCAAGGGUGGCUAAACGAUCAAGGUAAUGUUGCAUCCAUGAAAAUAUUUGAUCGGUUAGUCUUGACAGUAGAGAAAUGGUAAUACGAAUUACUACCUGAAAGAGGGCGUCAUUAGGAGCGCAUAUCUCAGGAGUGCACGAGAGACGGAAUUAGGAAUAUCAAGGAACAAAUUAUAUCGAGUCUAUUUCUAGCUCGUGUUUUCAAGCUGAGACUAUAGAUGUGUGAAAAACAUUUAGGUGCAAAAGGUGAUCAACAGUGACCAUGUAAAAUUCAAGAAGCCGGUAAUUUCAGUGUUUUGCUACCAAACGUAUUUAUGCGUGUAAGGUAAAGUCUCUUAAAAUCGAACAAGCUCGAAUUUUGAUCUUUCACAAGAGUUAAAUAGGUGGAGUCUACGAAGUGAUGAAAUCCUGUUUGCUCACUAGUAAACAGUAAAGAACGGUUUUGUUUUGUGUUACUCAGCUGAACCAGUAAGCGCGUAACCGUGCAAUGACUGAUCAUCUUUGAUCACGUGUUGCUGGUGAUUGAUGUGAUUGAUCAUUGGUUUGAUAGAGACGACGUGUCAUGACCCCACGCGACUUACGCUUGAGAUCUACAACAAGAAUUCUUUGCUCAUAUACUUCUGUUUUUAAGACACAGAAUAUCAUCAAGGCCUGGAGAAAACAAAUUAACUUUGGUGCCCAUUUCUCACUUGACAAAGUUAUAGUUGAUCUCCUCCGCUUGGUUUCACGAUUGGGACUCGGAAAAAGUAAACUACUUCACUCACGAGAAGAGAAAAAUUUAGCGGAUGGAAAUGCUAUUCAAAGUAGCCUGAAUUUUUCUACUUUUUUCAAUUACAAAAUAUAAAACACUCUGCCAAAGUUAUUUCCUCAGCGAUCGCUGGCGCGAUCCGUUGAUUCUGGAGAAGUGACCUCCACGAAAAUCUUAAAGUAUUUCCUUUGCCUUUGUGGCGUGGUAAACUUCGAAAAGAGGAACAGAUUGACUUAUUUAAAAGGUAAAAAAUAUAUGGGGCUAACGUUUUUGUAUUGAAGUCAGGAGCAGUAUAAAAUACAAACGGGAGAGAGCUCGCUUUCGUUUGUUUACAGCUCUUUUCUCUCGACAAUUUUGAAUUGUAAGGACUGCCCGUAAUUGAGCCCCAGUUCAACUGUAGCGCAGUAGUGUCGCAGCUAAAUCAGUGUAUUUCAUCGAGCCUCUCGCGAAUAGGCCCUAUCCGAAUUACCUUUAGCCCUCUUUCUCAAACCAAGUCUUGGUUUCCAUCUUUUCAUAUGAAAAUGAAAUUUCUUUCACAUGCAAAUUAAACUUAUUUUCAUAUGAAUGGUUCUUCACCAGGCCUCGCUUUGAUAGAGAGGCUUAGGGCAACUCGGAGAUGGGCUAUUGUUCUAGUGCAAAGAUUCGUAUAGUUUCUUCCCUUCAGUAUUUUGUUCUGGGAAAUAACACUCUAAGCUUGGCGCUAUUCGAUGUCGAGAAGUCGACACAGCAAGCGAUUACGUUUGGACGGGGCUCUAUAAUAUUUAAGAAAGAGAAUAAUUAAUAAGAAAAUAAUAAAUAGUAGACAAAAGCCGCUUUCUGCGUUUAAGAAGCGUCGAGAUGUUACAAGAACAGCAAACAACACAAAUUGCAUGUUUUUAGCUUUAAAAGAAACCAGAGUGGUGAAAUAAAAUGAAAUAAGAGUAGUUUGA